AUGCGAUUUGCUUCAACGAGGGUUUUGCCAAUCGAAUACAAUUAUCGUCCACAGUCAGUUACUGCUGGAGAUUUCAACAACGACACUUGGAUGGAUAUCGUUGUAGCGAACCACGCGACAGAUAAUAUUGGUAUAGUUUUUGGUCACGGUAACGGCAGUUUCGCAAAGUCAGCCACUUAUUCCACUGGGAUGUUGUCUACCCCAUGUAUGGUGACUAUCGGUGAUUUCAAUGGCGAUUAUCUACUUGAUAUUGCCGUUGCGAAUUUUGGUACAAAUAACGUGGGGAUAUUUCUCGGAAUUGGAGAAGGAUUAUUUUCAAGUCAGACAAUGCUUUCAACUGGUUCAUCGCGUCCUCUUGGAAUCUUUGUGUAUGAUUUGAACAACGAUAGAACACACGAUAUUGUCACAGCCAACUACGGCACGCAUAGUAUAAACGUAUUUUAUGGAUAUGGAACUGGACGAUUUUCGAAUCCAGUCACAUAUUUCAUGGGUUAUGAUUCUGUGCCGAUUGCGAUUUCCGCAGGAGAUUUUAAUGCCGAUGGGCAGAUGGAUCUUGCUGUUGCUAACUAUGGUACAAACAAUGUCGCUAUAUUACUCGGAAAUAGCAGCAAUAUUUUUGCAAACGCUAGAAUCUUUUCAACAGGCUCCGCAUCUCAUCCACGCUCGAUUGCUAUCAGCGACUUUAAUCGUGAUAAUUUGCCGGAUAUUGUCGUUGCUAAUUACGGUACUAACAAUAUAGGCGUACUAUUCGGCACCGACAAUGGUUCGUUUACGUAUCCGACGAUGUAUUCACUCGGCCAUUCUUCUCCUUACGCUCUUGCUGUUGAAGAUCUGAAUAAAGAUAAUCGAACUGACUUAAUUAUUACAAAUCAAGGUAAAAACGAUAUUGCUGUCUUUCUCGGACAAAGCAAUGGAACAUUUGCAAAUCCAACGGUCUACUCAACAGGAUCUUUAUCGACAACUUCAUUAGUUGUAACUGAUAUUAAUAACGAUAAAGAAUUAGAUAUUGUCGUCAUUCACAAUGAUACGAACAGUAUUGGUAUUCUUCUUGCCUAUUCUAAAGGAUUUCGAAAUCAAACAGUGUAUCCAGUCGGUUACAAGUCAUCCGGUAUGGCUGUCAGUGACUUUAACAAUGAUUCGAGAUUGGAUAUUGUCGUUUCGAAUAAUGCUGACAAUACCAUUAGUGUUCUUCUCGCCUACGCGAAUGGAUCUUUUGCACAACAAGUAACAUAUUCUACUGGUGCGGCACCACAAGGAUUGGCUGUUGGCGAUUUUAAUGAUGACAGUAUACUCGAUAUCAUUGUCACUAACAACGCUGACAAUACUGUGAGUCUAUUUCUUGGACAUGGUGACGGAAGCUUUGCAAAUCAAACAACGCAUGCAACUGGUUCUGGACCAUGUUUCGUAGUAGUGGGUGAUUUCAAUAUUGACAAAAAACUGGAUCUAGUGGCUGCUAAUUAUGGUGAUAACACUAUAAGUGUCCUUCUGGGACGUGACAAUGCAACAUUUAUGCAUUCUAUUUCGUACCCUACUGGCUCUGGACCUUCUUCUUUAGUUGCAGGACUUCUCAACAAUGACACGCACAUUGAUAUUGUCGUUGCUAAUACUAAUGACGAUACUGUCAGCAUAUUCCUAGGAUGUGGAAAUGGAACUUUGAAAUAUUUAACAACGUAUUCAACUGGAUACGCACCCUUUUCUGUAUCGCUCGGUGAUUUCAACGCUGAUUCGAAACUGGAUAUUGUCACUGCGAAUGACCGUAGCAACACUAUCAGUGUACUGUUCGGACACGGCAAUGGUACGUUCACAAAUCACCUGAUGUUUCCAACUGGUAGUGAACCACAGGCUGUAUCCGUUGGUGAUUUGAACCAAGAUGAACGAUUAGAUGUCGUCGUUAUUAAUGCUGCUGAUAACACUUUAAGCGUAUUGCUCGGUAAUGGCGAUGGAUCUUUUGCAGAUCAAGUGGUAUAUUCAAGUGGUUUCUUACCAUAUGCUUUAGCCAUUGCCGACUUUAAUAACGACAAGCGACUUGAUAUUGCCGUCGCUGACUUUCGAAAUAAAAGCAUAAGUGUGCUACUUGGAUAUGUGAAUAUCGCUUUUGUUAAACAGACGACAUUACUGACUGGCAAUGGUUCUUUACCAAGGUCGUUCGUCGUUGGAGAUUUCAACAGCGACAAUCGAAACGAUAUUGCCGUCGCAAAUUCUGGUACUAACACUAUCGGUAUCUUCUUUGGUUAUAAUAACGGUUCUUUCACAGCUCAGACAACAUAUUCAACUGGUCUUUCGCCAUGGUCUAUUGCUACGGGUGAUCUCAAUAAAGACGCUCUAUUAGAUAUCGUAGUUGCUAAUUAUGGCGAUGACAGUAUUAGUAUAUUCCUCGGACAACCUACUGGUUCUUUUCUGAGUCAAACAAUUCUCACAACUGGACUGAAAUCUGAACCAUAUUCGAUAAGUGUUGGUGAUUUUAAUCAAGAUACUUUAUUAGACAUCAUUGUCAUGAAUAAUGGUGUCAACAAUGUGUAUGUAUUUCUUGGAUAUGGCAAUGGUACAUUCAAAGGUAUAACUGUGUUUUCGAUCGGUUUUGGUUCUCUUCCGAUAUCCUUAGCUGUUGGAGAUUUUAAUAAUGAUGAAAAAUUGGAUUUCGCAAUUGCAAAUGAAGGUACUGAUAAUUUAAAAAUUAUUUUACAGACUUGUUAA